CCGCUCCGCGAGCGCAGCCUACGCAGGAGAGCAGCCCGAGACCGGCCCUGCGGCAACUGCGUAAGUGCCGCCUUUAGCGUGGCUGCGGUGCGCGGUCAGCGUCGACAUCGCCGUUCGUGAGUUGGAGCCGCUGCGGGCGCGGGCGCGGAGCGCUGCUGCGGGGCGCCACGGGCGGGGAUCGUGAGGUGCGGCCCCUCGGGCGGGAGAGUGUGCGGAGACGGGGACACGGCGCCAGCGCCUGCAGGCCUUUACCUCUGUGCUAAAGCAGGGAGGGAGGCCUCUUAUCGCCCUCUGCUUGAAAAGCAAUUUGUUAAGCGACCUUGCACAAAAUUAAACCGGAGCGAAGGAGCGGUGGCGUUAGCGGCCGAGCGCCAGCCGGUGCGUGCCGCGAGCUGCCGCGGGCGAGAGCAGUGCAGCUCCGCUCCGCUCCGCUCCGCUCCGCCUCCCCUUCCUGGUCCUCCCCAGACCCUCACUGUAAACAACUGAAGUGCACAGCAAGGCUUUGCUUACCAUGAUGUGGUUUCAUGAUUCAGGACUUGGCCCUCAUUUGCUCGGCUAAAAGGCACUGGCGCUCGGGGGCCAGCGCUGCCGUGGCAGGGCUGCUGCCACAGCCCUGGCUUCUCAGGUGGCAUCUGGCAUCACUGCUAGGAAAGGUUCGCUUUUGGUGGAAACAGAGAUGGCACUGAGUUGGUUUUCGUUAUGUUUGAGUAGCAAUGACAAUAAUCAAAGUUCUUAAACUGGAUUUUGCGAAGCCAAAGUCUCUCAGAUCAGCCAGAUUAAAAUGCAGCACAGGAAUAGAUUCUGGUUUGUUGAUCUUCAAAACCCAUAACAAGAAAAAAUGCUACUUUAGAGAAUAUUUUCUGGAAUGGACUCUUUUUCCCCUGCAGCAUUUUAGAGCAGAUUACUUAAAGCAGAGGUUGUUUGCCUGGAUUAGACUUUUGCUCACUGUACAUUUGUGACUUUUCACCCUAUUUCAACAGGAAGAGCACAAACUUUUCUUAAUGUAGAAGGGAGAGGAGAUCAGAGACUUCUUUUGACCUCCACUUUUAACUCUGCUCUUGUCCUUUUGAUAUGAGUUGUUCUGUCUUGUCCUGCACCAUAGCCUGGAAUACUUGUUUUGGUUAGUGGUCAUGCUAUUAACUUGUUUUCUGUAGUGCUUCUAGAGAUCUGUCUCAGACCCUUUGGAUGCACAGAAUCUGGUGCUGCUGCUUCUGGAACACUGCUGGAAGGAGGAUUGUGAUCCUAUGCAGACACUUUUAUUCCCAUUCCUCCUUGGUGACUGAAUCCCCUUCAGUUCUGUUAAAAGAGAAAAUCUGGGUCAUUCUCAAUAUUUCUAGCAGCUUUGUACUUCUUUAAUUGUUGAACUUUCCCCUCUAAUGGUGUGGCUGAUUUGGUGAUUAUUUGGGGUAUGUUCAUGUGUGUGAGACAUUCAGAUUAAAUACACUAAAUGUAAGUGAAGAGAGCCUCUCAGUUUAAAAGUGUUUGCCUUGGCCCCUUCCAUACUUUGGAGUCACUGGGGCUGUUGAAUUGAAGUUUUUGUAGCCUAAUUUGUGAAAGAGCUCUAGGAGAUGAGUCAGCACGAGUACAUAUGACAGAGUUUUACGUGUUUGGGAGGUGUUGAACUAGAGCUAGGAGAAUAUGGAGGAAGCAAGUCAGUGCUUGAAACUGGCAGGGGUUUUCUUGUUUUCACAACUAUUAUUUCAAGAGGUUAACGCUGCCAUAAAGUCCUUCAAAUCUGCCAGAAAUUCAGGAGCACACCAGAAAAGUGUCUCAAUCUCUCUAGGUUUGCAUGGUCACAAGUAGCAUGAUAAAUGGAACUGCAUUUGAUAAUAAAUAAAUGCAAUAAUGUCUCUUUGGUGAGACAUCAGCUGCACAUUUGGAUUCCUUGAGGGCAAGUGGGUGUUUCAGUAUGGUUGAGAUCACUUCAAUGCCUGGAGUGAUUUCAAAGCAGUUUCUCACAGAAGAGAAUGAAACAUUACCUCUAAGUAAUGCACCAGUGAUUUUGCUGAGCGUUAUUCUUCGGGUGGGGUUAUAAAACACAACUGUAUUUUCUUCCUACGUGCUUGUUUAAAAUUACUUGUCCUCACUGAUCAGCCCUUCCACAUCCUUAGUCUGCUGAGGGAAUGGGAGAGGCUUGUCUCCUGGACAUGAAGAGGUCCAAGCCCAUCUCAGCACUAGCAAAGUAUGACUGUUAGAAUGUGAGAGCUCUCUUUUAUCCUGAAAUUUGGAAAAGUAAAUGCUAAUAAAAUAAAUAGCAACAUCUUUUAGCAUCAUGAAUUACAGCCUAUCAUACUAAAUGCUGUCUAAACUAAGGUGAUUAACAUUACUUAGGCAAUACAAAGGAGCUCUGCGAUUUCUUGUUCCUUGUCUUCAGUGUUCAGUGCCUUAGAAAGCAAGACUGCUAAUGACUAGAAGGCAUUUAUGUAAUUCAGAAUGUCUCAUUAGUGGCAUGCACAUCCUGACUCUUAAGCUGAGAUGAAAUCAAGUUGAAAUUCUGAAAAACUCCCUCAGGAGUUUCUUUAUAAUUGCUACUGUGCUUAAUAUUAGCACUGGAACAGUUCCCCACUCCACCAGCUCCUCCUCUGCUGGAUUGAUCCUGCUCUUUGGAUCCACAUGUACAAGCCAUGUUUGCAGAAAAUGGAACAGGGCUAAGGGACGAUUUGUUUCUUAGGGAGCAGUUCUGGUCGAAGGAGUCUGUAUGGCCACUAAAUCCAGUUUGUUCUUUCAAAACUAGGGCUCUAUGUGUAGUUAAACUAUUUCAACCCUGCCUCCCCGAUCUGUAAGAGAAAGGGAGGAAGGGAAGUGUUGCUAGCCUGCUGCUACAGUCACCCAGCAGCAGACUGAGCUGUCUCUGUGGCUGGAAUCCUGCCUCAUCAGCUGCUGCAUGGUGAGUCCUUCCUUAACACUUUGCUACAUGAUGAAUGUUCUUAUUAGAAACAGUCUUUUGAAUGCCAUAAGAAAUUGGUACCCUAUUAAGGGUCCCCUCCCCCAGCAACCCACGAGGUUUCAUUGCAUAACCAAAUUGAUAUGUCUCCAGUGGGAUAUCUAAACGCAUUUGUGAUUUUCAUGUGAACAUUAUUCAUUCUCCAAGUCAGACAAUCUACCAAUUUCAUUUCUUCUGAGCCAAUCUUGGAUGAAAGUCUGAUCUUGUGCCAAGAAAUGUAGCAGCUUAAUCUCUUCACCUUCUAACCGGAUGAAAUCUGGUAUUCCCUGGUAUUUAUUAAUGUGCUGAGUGCAGAGGCAUUUCAGUGUAAACUAAACACUGCAAAAUCCUUGAAGGGUUAAACUGCAAACAGUUCAAUCUAAGUGAGGAGUUCUCUGCCCUCACACGGAGUUAGAGUUGGUGCCUGAUGUUUUCAGAAAACCUCUGUUGCCUACUGCAGCUGUCUGCACUAAAGUGGUCCCUUCACACAAGAAGCAGGUUUUCUGCAACACAGAUAAAGAACUGCCAUUUGUACUGAAAGGAAAAAAAGAUGAUGAGCCUGGAAAAUCUACUAGCUUGUGUUUUUUAAAAUCACAUUUUCCCUCUUUUGAGGCAGUUCCUGAGUACUCUUUCUCUUUAUGUGGAACACUCUCUUUCUCCUUAUGUAUUUCCUGUCCAGUAGAGUUUAACUGAAUUUGGAGGAUGAAGUCCAGCCUAAUGCCUUGGGUUCCCCCAGUGAGUAGGGACAGAGCAAUCUCCCAGUUUCCCAAGUGGUACACACCUGAGGCCUGUUUGCAGUUCAGAGAGCACUUUCAUGCCCAGGUCAGGGCUGCUUGUCAGCAGAGCACUGGAACAGCAGGGCUGAAAAUAGCCAAAGUGGUUGUGGUAGGAGACCUAUAUGUUGGGAAAACCAGCCUUAUCAACAGAUUUUGUAAAGAUACAUUUGACCGGGACUACAAAGCAACCAUUGGAGUGGACUUUGAAAUGGAGCGUUUUGAAAUACUGGGAAUUCCCUUUACUCUCCAGAUAUGGGACACAGCAGGUCAGGAAAAGUUCAAGUGCAUUGCAUCUGCUUACUACCGAGGAGCAGAGGUUAUAAUAACAGUGUUUGAUCUGGCUGAUAUCCAGACUUUGGAUCACACCAAACAGUGGCUAGAAGAUACAUUGAGGGAGAAUGAGCCGGAUUCCAGCUUCAUCUUUCUAGUUGGAACAAAAAAAGAUUUGGUGUCAGGUGCUGUGUGUGAAAGGACAGAGCUGGAUGCCAUCCGCUUUGCCAAUGAGAUGCAGGCAGAGUACUGGUCGGUUUCAGCCAAAACAGAGCUGGAAAAGAACAUGAUGGAAACCCCAGAAAGCAACACCCAAGUCAGUCUGAGUUGCUGCUAGUUGGCAACUGUUUGUGCAAGCACCGUGCCUCUUGCUAGCCCAGCACAGAGUGCAACAACAGUGAAAGCUCCCAAAUGAAAAAUAGAAAGCUUUGGUUUUGGAAAUGAAAGAGGGAAAAUGUACCAAAUUUUUUGUUGUUGUUGUUUUCAUUUGUUUGUGUUGUGUUUGUUUGGAUUUGUUUUGUUUGGGUUUUUUUGUUUGUUUGGUAGGUUUGGGUUUUUUUGUUGAUUUUGGAGUGUGUUUUUUAGUCCCACUGAGACUUUCCCUGAGAGGAACUCAGUAUUAAUAACUGAGCAUCUAAAAUGGAUCUUGGAUCAUGUGGCAAAUAAUUAAUUGCUUAGGAAAGCACACAGGAAACUAACUGUGUUAGAAAAAUAAAUGCACAUUUGCAAGUUCUUAAA